ACCCAUUUUAAAUUAAAUCGUAUCAGGUUUGCCACCUCUGACCUUUAACCCGUCAGUGAUUUGACAGCCAUUUUGUUUUGUUUCUCCGAAGAACUGAUCUUAUUUUCACGGAUUUACAGAAGUCGUAGGGACCGCUAACAUACAUAGACCUACAGGGAUGGCGGAGUUCACAUGUGUGUCUCCCCUCAAAGAGCAUCAUGUGGAACAGACUGCAAAAGAGAUUCACAUCAAAGAGGAGGAGACAGGAGACUCUGGAUGGCAACAGAAUGAACAAGAUAACAUGCUGUGCCAACAAAUGUACGGUGAAAACUUCUUAGGCAGAACCCAGCCAACCAGACAUCCUUUGAAUGAGACAGACAACAGUUGGGGACAGACAACAGAACCAAGACAGCGACAGGACAACGAAAAGGACGUUUCAAAUGGCAAAACAUGUAGUGUAAGAGCAGAAAUGGGAGAGUCCAGCUGUGAGCUUUCUACUAGAGAUGUGUGUACUGGACAUUCUGGGAAGGAGAUAGACCAUCCUGGAUACCCUGGGAAAGAGAUGGACAGUACUGAACUCCAUGAGAAUGACAGUAACAGCUUGCAGCAGGAAACAUACAAUGUGAACUUUGCCCAACCUAAUACUAAUAGUAUAUCAACCUCACAGGUAAAGGAGAGCAGAGGCAAUAUCAGAAGACAUGCAGUUAAAAACACUGUUUAUAAAACCUUCAUGUGCAGGGAGUGUGGGUACAGUACGGCUAAAAAGUCUCACUUUUCCGAGCAUGUAAGAAUCCAUACAGGAGAAAAACCCUACAAGUGUGACCAGUGCGACUAUUCGGCAGCAGGAAAGUCCACUUUGAAUCAACACUUAAGAGCAAAACACACUUUAGUAAAACCGUACAUAUGUUGGGAGUGCGGAUACAGCACGGCGAAAAGGAACCACUUAUCCCGACAUAUGAGAACACAUACAGGAGAAAAACCUUUUAAGUGUGACCAGUGUGAUUAUUCUGCAGCACAGAAAUAUUAUUUGGACGAGCAUUUAAGAAACCACACUGGUGACAAAGCCUACAUGUGUGGAGAGUGUGGAUAUAAGACAUCUCAAAGGUCAAAAUUACCUGUUCAUAUGAGAACCCAUACUGGAGAAAAGCCAUUCAAGUGUGACCAGUGUGGCUAUUCUGCUGCACAGAAAGCCAGUUUGGAAAAGCAUGUAGCAGCCAAGCACACUGUUGAAAAACCAUACAUGUGUGGGGAGUGUGGAUACAGAGCAGCUCAAAAGGUCCACUUGUCCCAACAUAUGAGAACCCAUACAGGAGAAAAACCCUUCAAGUGUGACCAGUGUGAUUAUUCUGCUGCACAAAAGACUGCAUUGGACCUACAUCUAGCAAAACACAGUGGUAAGAAACCCUACAUGUGCAGGGAGUGUGGGUACAGGACAGCUCAAAAAUCUACAUUAACCAAACACUUGAAAACCCAUUCAGGAGAAAAGCCCUACAAAUGUGACCAGUGUGACUAUUCUUCUGCGCUGAAAGGCACAUUAGAUGAGCAUCUUUUACGAAAACACACUUUUAAGAAACUCUGAAUAUAAUAUAUUGAUUUAAGGUACCGAACAACCUUGAGUGUACUAUCAAGUAAGAUGUCAGGAUAGCAGUGAUGAUAUAUUUGCCGGUUAUAGGAUUCUUUGCAACGCUGUGUUCACAGUAAUGUUGUGGGGUUUUCUAACAAUGAAGAGGCAGAUACAUUUUUAUGUUCAUAUAUGUAAAAGAUAUAGAUAGAUGGGUGUCAACAACUUCAUUGUUGAGGGGUAUGAUUUACAUGUGAAUUAAGUAGAAAAGAACGCAAGCCGGUCCCAGGUGUACCAAAGUUGAACGAGUGUAGAAAAUCCCAGAAUUUUAGGUUACAAUUAAGAUACGCAUUUAAAACAUUGCUUUUUAAAUGGAUGUCAAAUAUGGGUAGGCAAUGGGUCUAGUUGGCACAGGAGUGGGGUAAGGUUUGUCGGGAAAAGGAGGUCACUCAAAUACAAGUAUGUAUGCAAAUAUCUCCUGGUGAUUUGGGAACUGAAAAUGUUUGAGUAGGGGUUUCUGGGUUAGAACGAUUGGUAAUGUGAUGAUGCUGUUAUAAUUAACUACUGUAUGCUAGAUUUUAGCUGUUAGGCUUCGAAGUACAUUAAAUUAAGGAAAGAUGCUGAUUAUGCUCUAGGUAUAGUCGCCCCUCCCAUGUCUCUGCAAAUAUGUUAAUGAACAACUUGCAGAAAUCCAUUUAUUUAUUCUUAUUUAUCCAUGCUUAAAAUGAUCAAUAAAGCUCUAAGCAAUA